GUCUAAUUUUCUCCUGAGGCCCCUACCCUAACCUACAUCCUCUCCAUUCGUAUAAACUCUAGGUUCCAAACUCAUUUCUGCUUGUAAUAGUUUUCAUGAUUGUUAUAAAGUGCUGAAUCAGAAAAGCCGAAAAUGACUGAUAAAGAAAAGAAACCCGAACAAUUGGAAGAUCCAGAAUUGAAUGAUCUAUUAGACAGUGCUCUUCAAGACUUUGACAAAGUACCUAAGGUAGAAGCAAAAAUGAAGGAUGAGCAAGCUACAUCCCUUGCUUCAGCGGCAGAAUUUUUUGAAGGAAUACCAUCAUUCGACGAUGUUUGUACAGACGAGUGUACACAGGAAAUGAAAGAUCGUGUUAUGAAAUAUUUCGAGCCCAUGUUUACAGGGGUAAACACCGAGGAAGGAUGUCCAUUUCAAAAAGCUGUGAAAACCGUGACUGGUGCUUUAUCAAAUAUAAAUGAAAUUGGAAGCUCACAUGCCGAAUCUACUAUUGCUGAAGCUUUGAAAGAAUUGGCAGCAGUAUCUGAAAAUACACAGACUCAACCUAAAGGGCCCAACCUAAGCGAGGCCGAUCUAAGUGCAAUGUUCGGACAAAUCUCGUUAGAUGAUGGUGCAGGUGAUGUGUUACCGUUUAUGCAAGGAAUAAUGCAGUCGUUAUUGUCGAAAGAUGUUCUGCAUCGACCUUUAUCAGAGCUCGUGCAGAGAUAUCCAAGUUGGUUGGAGGAGAAAAAGGAUACGUUACCCCCUGCCGAUUUGGAGAGAUACAAAAAACAAUUGGACUUAUUGUUAAAGAUUUGUGCAGAAUUGGAGAAGGAGAAAGAGGACGAUUCCGAGGCGGUGAAAAAACAACAGUUCGAAACGAAAUUUACACUUAUGCAAGAAAUGCACAAUUGCGGUCAACCCCCGGAGGAUUUCUUUGGUGAUCAAGCACCUCUCCUUCAGUUCGAUCCCCAAGGAAAUCCGAUUCUUCCAUCGUUACCACUGGGAGCUGAUCCCCAGCAAAGUUGCUCUAUCAUGUGAACGAGACGCCUAAUGUAGCGGUGAUGUAAACUAGGUUUCAGUACUUGCCUGGUACUCGGAUGUCAGUUUCUCAUCCGAUACCCUUUCUGCGUAGAAAUGCAAAAUUGGCAUUUUUUUUUGUACGCAAUCACUUACGGGUUCACGCAGGAAAUGCGAACUUGUGACGGUGUCAAGACUUCAGAUAUCUACGAACAGAUUUGCGUAAUUGCUCAAUGCUUGAAAAAUGCACUUUUCAGGUUUCUCUUAUAAUUGCGAUACAACCGUGUACCAUGGGGCUGAUAAGAUAACUGGCAUCCAACGUAACAAAUUGAUAAUUAAAGGAUAUCUAGAACGUUCCUUCGACAUACUGAUAUUAUACAUCUUCGAAUUUUCCCAGAACAUUUCAAAAUUAUCUGCACCCAGUAAGCAGGACAUCAAAGUCGAUUUCAUCGCAAGCGUUCAUCUCACCAUUUUCUCAUUAAAUAGCCCUUCCUUAUAAUAUUCUUUUAUCAUCUCACAAAUCUCUCCGAGUCCAAGGAAAUCCUUGAAUUUAACCAUGUACAUAGCCAUCGACAAGAAUACACCUUUAAAUAUCGAUUAAUACGAGACUUCUUUUUAGAGACAUUAUAAGCAGGAUUUAAUAA